AUGGUGCUGCUGCUGCUGGUGGCCAUUCCGCUGCUAGUGCACAGCUCCCGCGGGCCGGCGCACUACGAGAUGCUGGGUCGCUGCCGCAUGGUGUGCGAUCCCCACGGGCCGCGAGGCCCAGGACCCGACGGCGCGCCCGCCUCCGUACCCCCCUUCCCUCAGGGCGCCAAGGGAGAGGUGGGCCGGCGCGGAAAGGCAGGUCUGCGAGGGCCCCCGGGACCACCAGGUCCCAGAGGACCUCCAGGAGAGCCGGGCAGGCCAGGUCCCCCAGGCCCUCCAGGCCCAGGCCCCGGCGGGGUGGCGCCCCCUGCCGGCUACGUGCCUCGAAUUGCCUUCUAUGCUGGCCUGCGGCGGCCACACGAGGGUUACGAAGUGCUGCGCUUCGACGACGUGGUGACCAACGUGGGCAACGCUUACGAGGCAGCCAGUGGCAAGUUCACCUGCCCCAUGCCAGGUGUCUACUUCUUCGCUUACCAUGUGCUUAUGCGCGGCGGUGACGGCACCAGCAUGUGGGCGGACUUGAUGAAGAAUGGACAGGUCCGGGCCAGCGCCAUUGCUCAGGACGCGGACCAGAACUAUGACUACGCCAGCAACAGCGUCAUCCUGCACCUGGAUGUGGGAGAUGAAGUCUUCAUCAAGCUGGACGGCGGGAAGGUGCACGGCGGUAACACCAACAAGUACAGCACCUUCUCUGGCUUCAUCAUCUACCCGGACUGA